AUGUCUGGAUCAUGCAACGACCUCAACGUGCUUGCUAAGUCCCCGUUGUUUGACGAGCUCACUGCUGGUCAAGCCCCUCAAAUCCAAUUUCAAGUGAAUAACAGAAUUCACAAUUUAGGCUACUAUCUCACUGAUGGUAUCUAUCCUAGAUGGGCGACUUUCGUGAAAUCAAUUCCAAGGCCUACACGACCUAAGGAUCUGAAGUUUUCGCAGGCUCAAGAGGGGUACAGGAAGGAUGUGGAAAGAUGUUUCAGCAUUUUACAGUCGCGCUUUAGUAUUGUUCGAGGAGCGGCUCGUGGGUGGGAUAGAGAAGACCUUCGAUACAUCAUGCUGACUUGUAUUAUAUUACACAACAUGAUAAUCGAGGAUGAAAGACCAGAUGACAGCGAUGAGGAUUUGGAGUCCGAUGAAGAAGAGGAAAACAAUAUGAGGCCCAGGUUGUCAGUGAUCAAGUAA